AUGUCUGGUGAGGACCUGCCUUACAACAGGCCUACAAGCCCUCCGUCCAGCCUCUCUCAGCCUAUUGCGGACAGUCUGAGCACUGAUGGAGGGAUUGUGCGUUCCUGGUGUAACUCGGGAAGUUGUUGUUGCCAUCCUGUACCUGUCCCGCAGGUGUGAUGUCCGGAUGUACCGAUCCUGUGCAGGUGUUGUUACACAUGGUAUGCCACUGCGAGGACGAUCAGCUGUUUGUCCUAUCUCCCUGUAGCGCUGUUUUAGGCGUCUCACAGUACGGACAUUGCAAUUUAUUGCCCUGGCCACAUCUGCAGUCCUCAUGCCUCCUUGCAGCAUGCCUAAGGCACGUUCAUGCAGAUGAGCAUCUUUCUUUUGGUGUUUUUCAGAGUCAGUAGAAAGGUCUCUUUAGUGUCCUAAGUUUUCAUAACUGUGACCUUAAUUACCCUACCGUCUGUAAGCUGUUAGUGUCUUAACGACCGUUCCACAGGUGCAUGUUCAUUAAUUGUUCAUGGUUCAUUGAACAAGCAUGGGAAACAGUGUUUAAACCCUUUACAAUGAAGAUCUGUGAAGUUAUUUGGAUUUUUACUAAUUAUCUUUGAAAGACAGGGUCCUGAAAAAGGGACGUUUCUUUUUUUGCUGAGUUUAUAUAAUAUUAAAGAGCAAUCUUUUGAUGAAUUGCGCUGGAGUUGGCAGUGGCAUUCUUCAUAUGAAUGUAUAGAUGAACGUAUUGGAUAGGUGUGUCAAGGUGGAUUUAAGAACCCUCUGUCUUCACCUGGAGUAGGGUACUAAAACAUCCCGCCAUUCAAAACACACACACACCCCUUCACACACACACAAACACCCUCUCUACUGAAAGGAAAAUGGCUGAUUACGUAAAGUAAGCAUCUCAAACAAACACCAUGAUCCCAGUUUCUCGCUUCACCCAGGCUUCGCACGUCACCACCAGCUCUAAGCACCGCUAAAAGCCACCGCUUCUGAGAAAGCCGCUUCUCAAAUGAGACACUUACCAAAGUUUACCUAGCGUACUGUAGCUACAGGUUCCUAACGUUACUGUAAAGAUGUUCCUGUUCUUAGUGGACUCGUGACCAAAUGGGAAGGGGAAUAAACAGCAUCAUAUCUAAAUUCCAUUAUGACCUUAGGAGGCCAGAUGGCUGUUUGUUCAGAGUGCUGGGGAGACGUGCCCCUUGCUCAGGGUGGUGUGUGUGUGUGUGUAAGUGUGUGUGUGUGCGUGCGUGCGUGCGCUCAACAUACAGUGUGUCAUGGAGUCAGGUAUAAUACUAUUUGGCGACUCAAAGGUUCAGUGUGGGGCUAGGACAGAUCAAACUGAAUUAAUGUAAUUUCCCCCUCCUCCCAUCUUUAAUCCUCCCUCCUCUCCCCUCCCAUCUAUCAGCCCAUUAUAGAAAUGAGUUUGUGUUGUUCACAGCAGCACGGCAGCAAAGUGCUAGAUGAUAAAUUACUUUAAUUACAAUGGCCCAUCUGAGUUCUGGGUUUAAAAUGAAUGGCUGCACUUUCCUGGGAAAUGUGUCGUUAUUUAACGGAUUGUUCUUCGGUCCAUUUUACCUGACCUGUAUAAGUAUGACGUGUAUAGCAGCAACUGUUUAAUAUAAAGAGGGGGAAAGUUGACGUAGGUGCAACCAAUUUUCAUGGACAUACAUUUAUGUAGAUAGCUAAACUCAAAACCCAAAUUUAGCAGAACAGUACGGCCAUUUUCCACUAAAGUGAACAGGGCCAAAGAAAUUGCCACGUUAUUAAUGGUGUUACCGCCAGUGUGGUCUUCUAAAAAAUGGCUGCGUCAGACGUUUAGUGUAGAGCUCUGUGUCUCAGCUUUUCUCUGGGCCCCUAAGGCCCUGUUAUUAUGAUUACAGCUUACAUCAAUGUGCUGACAGGACAUAGUUAGAUUCUGGGAGGUAGCCAAAGUGACAGCAAAGAGCCACAAAGAGCUUAAGCCUUCGCUAAGAUCAGCAGAACAGAAUCAAACAUUAUUGUUGGGACUGCCUAAUCAGAGCAGUGUGUGUGAGAUCAUACUCUUUUCCAUAGUCUAGAGGCUUAGUGAGCGGAAUUAAUUAUGUGGUGUGAGUGUGACAAUACUUGUAUUAGCCCACUAAUGCUAGGCUAGGAGGACAGGAUAUUAUGGGUAGGACCUAGUGUAUGAUUAUGGCUGGCUUUGGCUGUCGUGAUUUACAGUACAUCAGCUUCUUUUCCAUCACUACAGAACAGACAGACUCAGACUGCUCUUGCUGACUGUGUGUUUUCUCAAGGCCUCAUUCGUCUUCCAAGAGAACCAGACUCUUCCAUCUUGUCUUCUUCUCUCCUCUCAAACAAUUUUACUGUGUGUUCAUCGCUCCAUCUCCUGCCUCUGAAUUCCUCUCCCUCUUUCUCUCUUUUUCCCCCCUUCAUACCCCUUCCUUUCCUCGUUUUCACUGUCAUUGCAAUGUCUCACUGGAAUCCAAAUAUACAGUGGGGUCAGCCAGUAUAUACCAUUUAGUAAACACCAACUCCUUACCCCACUGAGAGAGAGGACGAGGUGGGCUCAUUGCAGCAUGGUAUGCAUUUAAAACCCAUAACCACACUCUCUUUGAGGACAUAUACAGUAUGUCUUAACAUAAACCACCUCCAGUAUGUUUACCGCUUUCUCCCUGUGGACUCAUUCCACACUAGGCUUGAAUAUUUUCCCAGUAUUUUACAAACGUUCCAUCCUGAGAAUAAAUCACUUUUCUCCCGGGUAACCCAGUAUUUCCCGCCAAAACCACAAGUGUCAUUCAAAAGCAUUAUAAAGCAUAUCAAUAGGCCUAUGUCUGGAUUUGAUUAGAGGUUUUGUCGAAAAUUCUAACCUAAUGCUACCUGAGCCUGAGGAGAUAAACAUUAAAUUCAUUUUAUGAGACCUACAUUAAAAACAUUUAAUGAGCCCGAGCCCCAAAAAGGCCAAAUGAUUGUGCCGUUAUCCAAUACAUAUAUGGCUACUGCACAUUAUGCACGACAGAAAAACAUAGAAGCCCAUAGAUGUAGCUAGCUAUAUGCUCUCUUGGGGAAAUACAUGAAACUAGCUGCAGAAGGCUAAUCUUUUUGAGUGUACUACUGUACUGUAUUGUAUUAUACUGUAUUAUAUGGACUGGAAUUACACACAUCGUUCAAACCAUGAUAAAGCAGGGAGAGAACGUGAUUCGGGUGCAGCACAUGCGUCCUACAAAGUUACAAGUAUAGGCUAGCGAAUUUGAUUUUAAUUUUGAAAUAUAAUAAGGUCUAUUUGUAUAAUUAGUAGGCUGACACAUAUAUACCUUUCUAAAUAUUUCCCCUAAUGUUAUUAACUUACCUCCGCUUUCUCUCUCUAUUGUUGUUUCAUUCCUUCCUCGCUUUCAACAGUUAAAUGAAAUAAGUUUCAUUGUCCUUAUCUUCAUUCUAAUGACUUCCUUGAAUAAUGUAGAACUAGAAUUAGAUACAGAAGGCUUUUACUUCUCUUCAAUAAGAUUGAAUGGUUAUGGGUCUGAAUAAAUAACUGCUAUAGACUACCACCAUCGCGCAUUCACUCUUCUUUCAAACGACCUGUGAGUUCUAUUGGCUGCUGUAUUUAACAUUCAGCAAACAAGAGCUCGCGUACCUCUUCGAAUAGUCUAUUGGUAUAAGAAAUGCAAAAAAAAGUCCAGCGAGCUAGUUGAGCUUUUCCUGCAUGGGACUCCAAGAGCUAAGGAGCAUUUUUUAAGGAGAGAGGCCAGCGGAACAAAGGAGUGUGCGUAUUGCGCAAGAGACAGAGGCUAUAAGUUAGAAGCUUACUAUGCAUAACCCAUCAUUAAUUACCUAAAUAUAAGGCUAAUACUGAAUUUAAUUUAUUAUCUGAAUGAGGUAGGCUAGAACAUCUAUAUAUAGGGCUAUAUAUCAAUCUAGAACAGGAUUAUCUAUUUGGAUGCAAUUUGAAUGGAGUUGAUGGAGAGAGAGAAAAACUGCAAGAGAGUGCUCGAGCGUGCACUGAUUUAAAGCAAUGAUAUUCGAGUGAUAGGCUAUUUUAAAACUCUGCAGCUGCAAAAACAAUCUUUACAAUAAAAAAAUAAGGUGAUCCCCGAAAGCCAGAUGGAGAUGGGUAAAUUAGACGUGCAUUCGGUCUUUAUAUUACUGUAGCAUAGACUAUGCUGCCGCAAAUGUAGGCCUACCGGUCACAAGAACAAUGGUUACCAUGAUGAGAUGAUAGGUCUACAUGCAUUGUGAACUGCGCUCCAUACUGAGAUGGGCUGUCUGUCCCCACCCUGAGCGUUGAUGAUUCAUCAUGCAGAGGCCGUAAAGAAGCCAGAUUUAGACAUCGCAUAUAAUUAAACAGUUCCAUUUCACGCCAUGCUGUUCAUAUGAAUAAUUAAUUAUAAUUUACUGGUUUCUCGCAGUUAUUUAUCCCAGGAAAAGGUAGUGGUUUUGGGCAAUAAAUCCCGGUAAAUCUCCUGUUCCUCCUCUUCCUGUCUCUCUCUCAGUGAUAAUUUAUUUGGGAAAAAUAUGCACAUCCAACUUAUCGGGUGCAGGACAGAAGAACGUAUCAAAAAAAAAAAGAAUGUCUGAAACUCUGGUAUGCUCCUAUGGUGAUGUAAUCAGAUGUACAAAAAAGACAACGUUGGAUCAUGAUGACCUAACGAAGAUCCAACUCGGAUUUAAACGUUGUAUUUUUUUUGUGUCUGAUUAAAUCACCAACAGAGCAUACCAGAAUUGCGGCCAUUCCUUUUCACUCUAAGUGAUGACAUCACAUCGGCAGGCUGACUCGAUGGCUGUCAUGUGUGAACUAUUUUUGGACGUCUAAUCAACAGUUCUCUCCAUAGCUUAAUUUAGAACGCCUCCUACUCCCCACGGCCCAAGGUCCACCCCUCUCGUUGUCUAUUAUCUAUGCCCGCCUCAAAGCAGUAACAUUCUCUUCAUCAACAGCCUUCCUAUGUGCUGUAGGAAGCACACAGCAAACAAACAGAUAGCGCUGCUGUAGAUAAACAGUGUCCAAAUCAGUCUCUGAAGUAUCUUGUUCUUUUGGUUUGUUUCCUUGUUCUGUGGAGUCACUUCCACACAGUCACAGAAUGUGGUUCAUUUUGGCCCAGCAUGUGACUCCCUGUGCUGAAUUGGUUGAAAUACUUUUUGUGAGGUGGAAAGGCAAUAUCCACCUGAGAGCUCUGUGUGGGUUAGAAAGCAUUUGUUAAAGGGCAUGGUUGCUGAAGUUAGUAUUACAGGGGAAAAUAGUUAUGUUAAUACAUUCAUCUACAAUUCCAAUGUAUUCUAAGGAAAUAACCAAAAGGAAAACUGCAAUUAAAUCAAGUCCAAGUGGGAGUCAUCCAUCAUUUUUGUCGGAUUCAAUAACCUCAAUAACUGAAUAACUAAAACAUCUCUCUCUCUCUCUCUCUCUCUCUCUCUCUCUCUCUCUCUCUCUCUCUCUCUCUCUCUCUCUCUCUCUCGCUCUCUCUCUCUCUCUCUCUCUCUCUUCUGUAGAGUCGUACUCUGUGGCAGGCAGUGAGGGCAGCAUUACCCCCUCCGUAGGCUCCAUAGCCCACCAGGCCUCGGGCAGCACCAGACCGUGCUCUCCCUCCUCCCCUGGGGGAUCGCGGCACUCUGUCAGCGCCCUGAAGAAAUGGCUCACCAUGCCCGUCCGCAAGUUGAGUGUGGGAAGAGGGGGAGGGAAGGGGGUCAGGCAGGUCCACAGGCUGGAUGGGAAGCAACCCUCUCCCCAUCUACCUCUCGGCCAGGCCCUAGGAAGGCCUCUGGAGCAGGGGGAGAACUACACCAUCCUCCCCUGCACUGAUGGAGACCUGGUGAGGCUUCACUCUCUACUAUAGCCUGGGAAUCCACACAGGGGUUUCUAUAAUACUGCAGUUUAUGGUUUUAGUCACAUCACUUGUUCAGGAUAAACUCCUGGCUCUACCAAUGACAAUAUGCAUGCCGAAGUAACCGGAAUAGGUGAACUGUGUGUGUGUGCUAUAUUGUGUAUGUUGUGUGAUGUGCAGGGUUGGAACGAUGGCCUGGUGAGUCCAGCAGCGUACUCUCCAGCACACCCCCUCUGCCACAGCUACCUAUCUGACCUGCUGCAGGACAGGGACACAUACAUUCUGGUAAGGAGUACACACACACACGCACACACAUUGAGCAGACAGUGGACACUGUGGUCCUUUGUUAGAGCUCUGUACUCAAAGGCUGAUUCUGUGUUGGUUAAGAGAACAGAAAGAGAGAGAGAGACUACAGCUGUCAGAGCACUCAUGUCCCUGUUAGUCAAACACUGGCACUGAGGCUGAAACAACUCCCUUUGAAACCCCCAUCAAUAUUCAGGGGGAGAGAGAUAGAGAGGGAGAGGGGGGAGAGAGAGAGAGAAAGAAAGAGGGAGGGAGAGAUGGAAAGAGAAUCCUGACCCACAGAGGAAGCGAAGGAGAAUGAACCAUAAAUAGAUGUAAAGUCAGAAAACAACAAGUCUCACCUCAUGUAACCUGAGAUAUCACUGUUGCUGGGCAACCACAUAUUGAUUAAUGCAACAAAAAAAUAAGAAAUUAGAGCAUGAACAUCAAACAGAGCACAUAAGCAAUGCUAUCAACCAAACCAGAGGAGAAUGCUAAUGUUUAUCAAACAUAACAAUUUCCCCCACAAAUACACACUGGGAAUGCUGUACAGUAUAUUCAGCGUAUUUGGCUCAACUUCACCCAAACCUUAACUUCCAAGAACAAAUUUGCCUUAUCAAUCAUUGCAUACAUGCACACAAACACACACAAAUACACACAUACACACUCUCUCCCUCUGUCUCUAAACAGGAGAAAACUCAUGACCACCUUCCCAGUAAGCAAAAUGACAUUUUAGGUGCUGAAUGAAAGGUGAAAAGACAUCCUUUCUGGACGUCAAAAAUACGUAUUUUCCAGAUGUCAAAAAUACAUAUUUUCCGGAUAUUGAAAUCAGGUGAAUUUUAGGUGCUGAAAGAAAGGUGAAAAUACGUCUUCUCUGGAGGUCGAAAAUGCGUAUUUUCCUGGCGUUGACAAUAUGUAAUUUACAGACGUUGAAAAUACUUAUAUUCUAUGGCCAAAUUGCAAAUACAUUCUCAAUGAAGUAAACAUUAUAUCACAAUAAUUUUUCAAGCCUCUUAAUAUAGGCAAGAGGAGCCAACUCAAGAUUGCAACAUAAUAUUUAUUAUUGCUCCCAUUUGUCCCAUGCACUUAAGUUAGCUUUUUCAAAAGCUUUAAAACUGGCAGCGAUGAUGUUCAAAGUAGUCAAGCCCACAGAAUAAACCAACAGACCACUUCAACUACAAUAAUAUUCUCUGUAACGGUUACAUAUUUAUUUUCUUGCUAUGACUGUGAUAUUUACAUUUAAAUUUUAUUCAUUUAGCAGACGCUCUUAUCCAGAGCGACUUACAGUUAGUGAGUGCAUACAUUUUUCAUACUGGCCCCCCGUGGGAAACGAACCCACAACCCUGGCGUUGCAAGCGCCAUGCUCUACCAAAUGAGCUGCGAUAUGUGGUUGUUUAUCUACCUUAGUUGAAUGCACUGACUGUACUGUAAGUUGCUCAGGAUAAGAGCGUCUACUGAAUGACCAAAAUCUAAAUGUAAAAACAAACUCUUACAAAGCAUGCUGGGUAUUAUCCUAAUGAGCUCCGCACCCAAACAAGUACACAUUUUGGUUGGUGUGGACCAGAUCCAAAUCUGAACGAAUCAUAGACUAGGCUAUGUUUCACAUGUUUAAACAUCACAGUACAGUACUGCACCGUUUAGUACAGUGGAGCACAGUAGACUACAGUACGGUAUGGUACAGGACAGUAGUUUCAUUCAGUAGAGUACAGUAGAGUUUAAUUCAGUAGAGUAGAGUACAGUACAGUUUAGUCCAGUAGAGUAAAUUAAAGUAAAGUACGGUACAAUACAGUACACUAUACUCUACUUUUCUUUACUGUGCUCUACUGUAUUAUACUGUACUGUACUAUACUCAACUUUUCUUUACUGUACUGUGUACUGUACUGUAAUGUACUGUACUCUGUUGUGCUCUACUGUACUGUGCUGUACUGUGCUGUCCAAACUUGUGAAACAUAGAUGUCUAUGAUUGGGUCCGAUUUGGUCCGGUCCGGGACAAAUCAAGGCCGGUCCAGACCGGAGCAAAUCUGAACCAAUUAUAGAUGUCUAUGUUUGGGGAAAAUAUAGGCCGGUCCGGACCUGACGUCUGUGGACGUUGAAUCCAGACAGGGCCAAAAAAAGACAUCCAAAAGACAUUGCCAUCUGUAAAUGCUUGGUGGGUUAAAACUAACCCAGCUAUCACUAUAUGUUUCUUAGAGCUUGGUGAGAGCGUGGUUGUCCUAUGGUUAUUUUGCAUACAACCUUCCCACAACAUUCUGGGAAUGGUGCGGGAUAGUUGCUUGGCUUUGGAACAUUCUCAGCACAUUUAUGGAACUUGACAAAAUAACUUUAUUUUCUUGGUAUUUCAUUACUUUAACAGAACGUUUCCUAAAAGUUCAAAAAUGGUUACAUUGACUGUAAUUUUUGGUAAUGUUCUAGGAACGUUCUACAACUGGUUUGACAUUGAGAAUGUUCUCAAAUAGUUCAUAGAAUGUUAGGAAACAACGUUCUUCUGUGGGAAUGUCAGUACUUCAGCAUAAUGUUUUCUGCAGGUUUCCCCAUGGUACUAUUUAAAUUCAUGUUCUCAGAACAUUAAGAAAACAUUCCAUAAAAAUCACAAGAAAAAAUUAGUAACAUCUAAAGAACAAUCUAAGAAUGUUAUUGAAAAACAUAUACAUUCCGUUCUCAGCAUCAACUCUAUCCUCUAUCUUGUUAAGUGUGUUCAGGUGUGUUGGCCGCGCCCACUAAUUGGCCACGUCUGAACUUAAUAAGUGCUUGUUUCCUUUGAAAUGAACAGCUUUGUAUGAGUAAAAAACAACAACAUGGCAUGCUAGCUCCAUCCUAGUGGUGCAGUGGACUAAUUCCAUGGAUAGAGAACAGAAGAUCAUAGGUUGACUGUGACACAAUAAAAAAGACAUGUUUGCAUGAUUAAUGCCUAAGCAAAUUCAUUUCCAUGUGCCCUAUCUGUGCUUGGAGUUCAAAACAGUUAACCCAAACUAAGCAAGCAGUGUUAUUAAAAGUCUUAUCGAAACAAUUAGUGAAAGUUUUAAGGAAGUUAUAAAAUAAAUUACCUGUAAUUUCCAUUUUCAGAACGUUAUUAAAACCUCCCAGGAAAACUUUCAGGGAACCAUAGUAAAACAUUCUCAGAACCUCCAUGCAACUAAAAAUGUACCUUCCCAGAACAGGCAAAAUGUUCACUUCGGUUCUCAGAACGUUUAAAAAACAUUAUUUUUACCGGGCAGGAAACGUAUGUCUUCGUCUCCAGAACCAAUGGGAAACCAAAAAACGUACAUUCCCACAACUUCCAAGGAACCAAAUGUGUUAGCUGGGAAACAAACUUUAGAAAGCCAUUGCCCAGUGGGAUCAAUAGUGUGGGCUAUUCCAGGCCGCAUCUGGAAGUGAUCAAGUAGCGAGGCAGCAGUCAGCCCCGGACAGCCUGCUGCCUCCACAGAUUCACUGGAGAGCUGAAAACAGGGUCAGGGCUGGGGGUGAUGGGUUGGAGGGGUGGGUGGAGGGGGGUUGGUAGAGUAGAGGUCCGGGGAAGACUAGGGUGUGGGGGUUAGAGAAAGGGCCUAUAGGGAUGCUGGGUAGAACAGGGGUAGGGGUAGGGAGCAGAGCUAGGGGUAGAGAAAGGUGGAGGGAGGAGAAGUGGGUAAUUGUGGAUAGAACAGAAACCAGGGAAGGCUGGGAGGCUGUCAAGGGAAGGGAAGAGGGCGGUAGAGGAGGACUGAAUAGGGUGUUUUCGAUUAGUCUAGAUCAGGCUUGGAGAGACUGGAGAAUUCAGAGGAAGGAAGAUGAGGAAAUAGAGGGAGGCUUUAGGAAGUGAUAGGGGGACUAGGCCAGGCUAGAAAUGUCUACUCACUCACUCCUUCCUCCUAACUCUUACCGGAACUCCACAGUUUACACUGAAACUCUCCAUGACUCAGGAGGGUCAAUGAAUAUGAAACUCUUUAGAGCUCUCAUCACUGCUCUACCUUUACCUCCCCUCCACGGUCAGCAGAGACGUCACCGGGCUGAGCUGCCAUGAAUAGGCUGCUUCACUAGGUCCAUCAAGAGCUCUGCCAUCCCUUUAACAUAGAUUAGGUACUGGUGAAUAGACCUACUGUCUGUGGGCUGCCUGUCAUUGGUAACAUUAGGAUAUUAGGAAGCAUGUGCCAAACGCACUACGGACAUCAUGGACAUCAGCGCCCAUUUGUGUGUGUGUGUGUGUGUGUGUGUCUGUGUCUGUGUGUCUGUGUGUCGUGAGUUUGUGUGUGUGUGGCAGUUUGGGAUGUUUAUCAUAAUUGGUCACUGAGAAGGUGGAAGUGAUGGAAGGAUGACUUUACCCAGCAUUGAAAAACAGACUGAUAAAAGGAGAGAAAGAAAAGGAGGACAUGGAGAUGCCAGUUCAUUGAGAUAUAGAGAGAGGGCAUGUGAGGGAACGUGGGGGAGCAUGAGGGAGGACGUAGGGGGACAGCACAAGGCCAGGAGAGAGAGAGAGAGGGCUUGUCCAAUAACUGACCGAAUGGGAGGAUUAGUGUAGUGUAAUAGAGAGAGGGAUUGAGUGGUGGUGCAGAUAAAUACAGGGGUGGCUGAAGUUGUAGAAACAUAUGAUUAUAUUCUUAUUCCUAUCUGAGAUUACCCUGUGUAUGAGGUGAAGACUUAUUUAUUCUCAGAAAUAUUACUCUCUCACUAUUUCAGCCUGAUAUCACCUAGGCCAGUGUUUCCCAAUUUGUAGCCCAGGACAAGCACACUUGUCAACUAAUCAUCAAGUCCUCCAUGAGUUGAAUCGUGAUUUUGUCUGGGUCUACAACCAAAAUGUACAGUGCAUUCGGAAAGUAUUCAGAUUUUGUUACAUUACAGCCUUAUUCUAAAAUUGAUUAAAUAAAAUAAAAAUCUCAGCAAUCUACACACAAUACCCCAUAAUGACAAAGUGAAAACAGGUUUUUAGAAAUGUUUGCACAAAAAAAUAAAAAAGAAGAAACCCGCACACUGCUCUUGAUAGUAUCACUGCUCUUUAAUAAGCUGUAUCACUGCUCUGUAAUAAGCUGUAUCACUGCUCUUUAAUAACAUUUUACAUUUUAGUCAUUUAGCAGACGCUCUUAUCUAGAGCGACUUACAGUUAGUCAGUGCAUACAUUUUUCAUUUUUCAUAAGCUGUAUCACUGCUCUUUAAUAAGCUUUACGUAUCGGCCUCAAGGCCUUCGUCAGAGCGUUUGUGAGUUUUUAAAAAUUAGCACCCUUAUGUAGACAUAGCUCCACCCACAUCCGUUCAAUGCAUCGAAUGGGGUUGGAGUCGAGGUAAAAUAAGUAAGUGUUACCAAAUAUAACAAUGCGCAUUUCAUAAAUAUUCUAAUAAAGUGUGUACAUAAAACGUAUUAAACACGUCUGUAAAACAACAAUGAGGACAUCGACCCAUCAAGCAAGUUUUCAUAAAUCCUUGGGUACCAUGCACCUGCAAAAAAGAUAGCUCAGAUGUGCGAGUGCCUUUUGAAUUUUGAAUUACAAAAAAACCCAGAAAUACCUUAUUUACAUAAGUAUUCAGACCCUUUGCUGUGAGACUCGAAAUUGAGCUCAGGUGCAUCCUGUUUCCAUUGAUCAUUCUUGAGAUGUUUUACAACUUGAUUGGAGUCAACCUGUAGUAAAUUAAAUUGAUUGGACAUGAUUUGGAAAGGCACACACCUGUCUAUAUAAGGUCUCACUGUUGACAGUGCAUGUCAGAGCAAAAACCAAGCCAUGAGGUCGAAGGAAUUGUCUGUAGAGCUCCGAGACAGGAUUGUGUGAAGGGUACCAAAAGAUUUCUGCAGCAUUGAAGGUCCCGAAGACCACAGUGGUUUCCAUCAUUCUUAAAUGGAAGAAGUUUGGAACCACCAAGACUCUUCCUAGAGCAGACCGCCUGGCCAAACUGAGAAAUCGGGGGAGAAGGGCCUUGGUCAGGGAGGUGACCAAGAACCCGAUGGUCACUCUGACAGAGCUCCAGAGUUCCUCUGUGGAGAUGGGAGAACCUUCCAGUGGCCAGACGAAAGCCACUCCUCAGUAAAAGGCACAUGAUAGCCCCUAAAGGACUCUCAGACCAUGAGAAACAAGAUUAUCCGGUCUGAUGAAACCAAGAUUGAACUCUUUGGCCUGAAUUCCAAGCGUCACGUCUGGAGGAAACCUGGCACCAUCCCUAUGGUGAAGCAUGGUGGUGGCAUCAUCAUGCUGUAGGGAUGUUUUUCAGCGGCAGGGACUGGGAGACUAGUCAGGAUGGAGGGAAAGAUGAACGGAGCAAAGUACGGAGAGAUCCUUGAUGAAAACCUGCUCCAGAGCACUCAGGACCUCAGACUGGGACAAAGAUUCACCUUCCAACAGGACAACGACCCUAAGCACACAGCCAAGACAACGCAGGAGUGGCUUCGGGACGAGUCCCUUGAUUGGCCCAACUUGAACCCGAUCUCUGGAGUGACCUGAACAUAGCUGUGCAGCGACGCUCCCCAUCCAACCUGACAGAGCUUGAGAGGAUCUGCAGAGAAGAAUGGGAGAAACUCCCCAAAUACAGGUGUCCCAAGCUUGUAGCGUCAUACCCAAGAAGACUCGAGGCUGUAAUCGCUGCCAAAGGUGCUUCAACAAAGUACUGAGUAAAGGGUCUGAAUACUCAUGUAAAUGUGUUUUUGCUUUGUCAUUAUGGGGUAUUGUGUGUAGAUUGAUGAUUUAAUUUGAUACAUUUUUGAAUAAGGCUGUAACGUAAGAAAAUGUGGAAAAAGUCAAGGGGUCUAAAUACUUUCCGAAUGCAUGCUGUUGGGGGUACUCGAGGACUGCUGUUGGGGGUACUCGAGGACUGCUGUUGGGGGUACUCGAGGACUGGAGUUAGGCAACCCCUGUCUGGCACACAAAAUGUACCUCUCGUUCUCUCUCUGCAUAUCUGACUAUUUGACUCUAUUCAUCAUUUCUCUUUCACCACCUCCCUCACCAGUACAUGUAAAACUCUAAAAGAACCUUAGCAGUUUUAAAAAAAAGAGUGGGAGAGAGAUAAAUAAAUAGAGGGAGAGAGAUGGAAAAGUGCUUAUUGCUAUCCGAUUACUUGGGGUUUGGAGUGACACAGCAGGCAGUAUUUUUCCAAGGCGAUAAAUAGUGAGGAGUCUCACUCCUGGAACAGCCAACAGGGUGAUGGCCUUUUCCUGAGGAGUCUCCCUCCUGCAACAGCCAACAGGAUGCUGGCCUUGUCCUGCACUCUCCCUACUUCCUCGCUCACGUUCCCAUGGACGUCUGCUUCCUGGAUUAGGAACCAGCCGCCAGCCGCAGAUGAGGCCCAGUUAAUGAAGGGUCUGUCUUUCGGUCGGUCUGUUGGUCUGUCGGUUGGUCUGUCUGGCCUGGGUUCUAUGCUCUCUUUGUACAGGAGACAUAUGCUUGUAGUCAAUGGACCUGGAGUGAAUACAUGAGCUCACCUCUCCACCCUCUGCUUUCAGAACCAUCAAUCUUCCACCAUUCUCUCAGAAGAAGAAGAUGGCCCCUCCCUGAUUGAUGACUCGACCAGCCAAUGGUCAGCCACAAUGGACAGUGAAGAGGACAGGAGGAGUGCCUUAGAGAAGAGCAUGUAGGUGGUGGUGACCUCCACACUGUGUCCAGUCUUCAUAGCCCCUAUCCCAUUAAUGGACUGGACUGUCAGUGUUCCACCACAGUAUAAUGCAGCAUCUGAGUGCUCCUGGUGCUGCAGCCAUUAAGUGUCUGGUAGCGCCCCAAAUGGAACUCUAUUCCCUACACAGUGCACUACUUUUGACCAGAGCCCUAUGGGACCUGGUUAAAAGUAGCACACUAUAGGGAAUAGGGUGCAAUUUGGGACGCAAUUCCUAUGAUGAUGAGAGCUAACGGUGUGAUGGAAGGGCUGGCUCCACUCUGGGAGAACCCCAUACCUCACUGUUAUGAGAGAAGUCACACUGUUUAAUGGCUGCCCUCUAGCCCUCUAUUACUGCAGCCAACUCUCUCUCUUUCGCUCUCUCUCUCUCUCUCUCUCUCUCUCUCUCUCUCUCUCUCUCUCUCUCUCUCUCUCUCUCUCUCUCUCUCUCUCUCUCUCUCUCUCUCUCUCUCUCUCUCUCUCUCACGCUGCCCCCUUCUGUAACUGUUUCUCUCUCGCUGUCUCUGUCUGUCUGUCUCUCUCUCUCCCCCUUUCCCCCAGAUAUGUGCUGACAGAGCUGAUAGAGACAGAGAAGAUGUAUGUAGACGACCUGGGAUUCAUAGUGGAGGUGUGUGACAAAUCUAUCAUCUGACAUGUUUGAUGCUGACACCUUUAUCAGUUAUUGUUAUGAUAUAAAGUACACUUAAAGUCUCCUUUUUGUGUUAUUUCAUAGCAGCUGCCCUAUUUUCUCUACCAUAUACACAAUGAUGACUAUAGCCAGAUGCUCUCCUGUGAAGUAGCAGUAUUUUCCUUCCUGUGGUGGAGUGUGUGACCCCUCAACACUGAUCUGUGUGUAUGUGUGUGUAUGUGUAUCUCCUCUGGUCUGCCCAGGGCUACAUGGCCAGCAUGGCCAGUCAGGGGAUCCCAGAGGACAUGAAGGGCAAAGACAAGAUAGUGUUCGGGAACAUCCACCAGAUCUAUGACUGGCAUAAAGAGUAGGUCUCAUGCUCCUGUGUGUGUGUGUGUGUGUGUGUGUGUGUGUGUGUGUGUGUGUGUGUGUGUGUGUGUGUGUGUGUGCGCGUGUACGUGUAUACUGAGCACUCUUGAUGUGAAGCGUUUUCCUGUUUUGGAGUGCACACUGAGACUGGAGCAUGUUUAUUAGCACUAUCAUAUGAGUCUUAUUCUGUCACACUGAAUCCACAUGGCUGUGUCAGACAUUUCCUGUGUUCUGGGCGUGUAUGUGUGCGUGUGUGUGACUGUCUGUCUGUGUGUUCAUAUAGCUGUGUGUGUGCAUUUGUUUCUCUCUCUCCCGUGUUUGUUUCUCUGUGUGUACAUCUGAAUGUACAAAACAUUAGGAACACCUGCUCUUUCCAUGACAUAGACUGACCAGGUGAAUCCAGGUGAAAGCUAUGCUCCCUUAUUAAUGUCACUUGUUAAAUCCACUUCAAUCAGUGUAGAUGAAAGGGAGGAGACAGGUUAAAGAAGGAAUUUUAAGCCUUAAGACAAUUGAGACAUGGAUUGUGUAUGUGUGCCAUUCGGAGGGUGAAUGGGCAAGACAAAAUAUUUAAGUGCCUUUGAACAGGGUAUGGUAGUAGGUGCCAGGUGCACCGGUUUGUGUGUGUCAAAAACUGUAACGCUGCUGGGUUUUUCCACGCUCAACAGUUUCUCGUGUGUGUCAAGAAUGAUCUACCACCCAAAGGACAUCCAGUCUGUGGGAAGCAUUUGAAUCAACAUGGGCCAGCAUCCCUGUGGAACGCUUUCGUCACCUUGUAGAGUCCAUGCUCUGACGAAUUGAGGCUGUUCUGAGGGCAAAAGGGGGUGCAACUCAAUAUUAGGUGUUCUUAAUGUUUUGUACACUCAGUGUAGUUGUGUGUGUAUCUAUAUGUCUCUUCUCCUCUGCCUGAUGUGUAGAAGAGUAUGUACUGGUUUUUGACCCCCUCCUCUAUUCUGUGUGUCACAGCUAUCUCCUGGGGGAGCUGGAGAAGUGUGUGGCUGAGCCCAACAGACUGGCCCAACUCUUCAUCAAGCAUGUGAGUCUGUGUGUCUUGUGUGUGUGUGUGUGUGUGUGUGUAAAUGUGUGUGUGUGUGUGUGUGUUUGCAUAAGUGUGACUCUUUAUUUGCGGACACACCAUGAAAACCUAUCUCCUUACAUUGUCUUUGAUUCUGUUUGCUUGUAUUUGGAAUGAAGUUCCAGGGUUUCUCUUUGUGUUUUUCUGUGCGUUUAGUAUGAAGUGUGUUUGGUAAGAAGUCCUGGUCUCUUCAGAGAACUGACUGUGUUUAGAGUGUCUCUGGCCUACUGCCAUCCAUAUUUGUCUUGAUCGUUCAGGCUGCCUGGUGGAGCGGACAGAGGGAAAGCCAGUAGAAUAAUAAUAAGGCAUAAUUAUCGACAGAGCUUUUUACUAUGCUACGGUCACAGCUCACAGAUCCAGUUACAAAGAGCCAGUGUCAAAAUGCCAGACUGUUGAUGAAACUGUGGAGCCACAUGAGCCGGAAUAGCUCAAUAAAUGACAUUGAAAGCAAAUAAACAGCUGUGUUUGUACUUAGUGCACACUCACACACAAACACGCUCACACUCACACUCACACUCACACUCACACACAAACAGCUGUGCUUUGUGUGCUGAGAUCUCGCAGUAAAAAUUGGUCCGAGUGAGAGGAAGAGCAGGACCGUGGCAGGAAACAGUCCAUGCACAUGCAGGGGCGCAACUUUCACUGGAGACGGGGGGGACAUGUCCUCCCCCCGACAUUCUGAGAUUGCAUUUUUGUCCCCUCCAGUUUUAUCAUUGGAAUGUGAAACAAAAUGAGGCAACGGUGUGCUUUAUGACCACGCGGACGCCUCCCAGCGGCCAGGAGGCUGUUUGGAGUGUUUAACUGACUAGAUAAAAAAAUAUACACUACCGUUCAAAAGUUUGGGGUCACUUAGAACUGUCCUUGUUUUCAAAAGAAAAGCAAUUUUUUUGUCCAUUAAAAUAACAUCAAAUUGAUCAGAAAUACAGUGUAGACAUUGUUAAUGUUGUAAAUGGCUAUUGUAGCUGGAUCUUUUAUGGAAUAUCUACAUAGGCAUACAGAGGCCCAUUAUCAGCAACCGUCAGUCCUGUGUUCCAAUGGCACGUUGUGUUUGCUAAUCCAAGUUGAUCAUUUUAAAAGGCUAAUUGAUCAUUAGAAAACCCUUUUACAAUUAUGUUAGCACAGCUGAAACUGUUGUGCUGAUUAAAGAAGCAAUAAAACUGGCCUUCUUGAGACUAGUUGAGUAUCUGGAGCAUCAGCUCCUGAGUGGCGCAGCGGUCUAAGGCACUGCAUCUCAGUGCUUGAGGCGUCACUACAGACCCCCUGGUACGAUUCCAGGCUGUAUCACAACCGGCCGUGAUUGGGAGUCCCAUAGGGUGGCGCACAAUUGGCCCAGCAUCGUCCGGGUUUGGCCGGUGUAGGCCGUCAUUGUAAAUAAGAAUUUGUUCUUAACUGACUUGCCUAGUUAAAUAAAAAAUCAGCUAUUGUGGGUUUGAUUACAGGCUCAAAAUGGCCAGAAACAAAUAACUUUCUUCUGAAACUCGUCAGUCUAUUCUUAUUCUAAGAAAUGAAGGCUAUUCCAUGCGAGAAAUUGUCAAGAAACUGAAGAUCUCGUACAACGCUGUGUACUACUCCCUUCACAGAACAGCACAAACUGUCUCUAACCAGAAUAGAAAGGGGAGUGGGAGGCCCCGGUGCACAACUGAGCAAGAGGACAUAUACAUUAGAGUGUCUAGUUUGAGAAACAGACGCUUCACAGGUCCUCAACUGGCGUCUGUUUCUCAAACUAGACACUCUAAUGUAUUUGUCCUCUUGCUCAGUUUCUGGCCAUUUUGAGCCUGUAAUCGAACCCAUAAUUGCUGAUGCUCCAGAUACUUAACUAGUCUCAAGGCCAGUUUUAUUGCUUCUUUAAUCAGCACAACAUAUUUCAGCUGUGCUAACAUAAUUGCAAAAGGGUUUUCUAAUGAUCAAUUAGCCUUUUAAAAUGAUAAACUUGGAUUAUCAAACACAACGUGCCAUUGGAACACAAGACUGAUGGUUGCUGAUAAUGGGCCUCUGUACUCCUGUGUAUUCCAUAAAAAAUCAGCAGUUUCCAGCUACAAUAGCCAUUUACAACAUUAACAAUGUCUACACUGUAUUUCUGAUCAAUUUGAUGUUAUUUUACUGGACAAAAAAUGUGCUUUUGUUUCGAAAACAAGGACAUUUCUAAGUGACCCCAGAUUUUUUGAACGGUAGUGUAUAUAUAAUAUUCAUAAUAAUAAUAUUAUGUCCCCCCCACUUCUAAAACCAAAGUUGCGCCCCUUUGCAGACGUACACACAUUCGUACACACAUGACCCUAAUCCCAGAGACUCGGAAGAGAAAGAGACGGUGCAAGAGAGGCUGACGUGCGGGCACCCUGAUAAAACUAAGUCGGCAAGUAGAUAAACCGCCUCUACCCUCGGAUCUAUUGGCAUACGUACAAUCACUGGAGAACAAACUGGACGAGCUCCGUUCGAGACUAUCCUAUCAACGGGAGCUGAACAACUGUAAUAUCCUAUGUUUCUCUGAGUCGUGGCUGAACAAGGACAUGGAUAAUAUCCAGUACAUCUAGCAGUUCUUUCUAUGGAUCAGCAGGACAGAACGGCAGCUUUGUGUAAGCUCAAGGGGUAGGUUUGUGUCUCUUUGUUAACAACAGCUAGUGUGCAAUCUCUAAUAUGAAUGAAGUCUAGAGGUUCUGAUCGAUAAGCUGUUGACCAUACUAUUUACCAAGAGAGUUUUCAUCUAUAUUUUUCGUAGCUGUCUAUUUACCACCACAAACCGAUUGUGGUACUAAGACCGCACUCAACGAGCUUUAUAGGGCCAUAAGCAAACAAGAAAAUGCUCAUCCAGAGGCAGCACUCCUAGUGGCCUGUGAUUUUAAAGCAGGGAAACUGAAAUCCGUCUUACCUAAUAUCUACCAGCAUGUAACCCGUGCAACUAUAGGCAGAAAAACUCUAGAUCACAUUUACUCCACACACAGAAAUGCAUACAAAGCUCUCCCUCCUUCCAUUUGGCAAAUCUAACCAUAACUCUAUCCUCCUGAUUCCUGCUUACAAGCAAAAACUCAAACCGGAAGUACCAGUGAUGCGCUCAAUACGGAAGUGUUCCGAUGAAGAGGAUGCUAAGCUACAGGACUGUUUCGUUAGCACAGACUGGAAUAUAUUCCAGGAUUCAUCCGAUGGCAUUGAGGAGUUUACCACACCAGUCACCGGCUUCAUUAAUAAGUGCAUUGACGAUGUCAUCCCCACAGUGACCGUACGUACAUAUCCUAACCAGAAGCCAUGGAUUACAGGCAAUAUCCGCACUGAGCUAAAGGCUAGAGCUGCCGCUUUUAAGGAACGGGACUCUAAUCCGGACGCUUAUAAGAAUCCCGCUACGACCACUGACGAGCCAUCAAACAGGCAAAGCAUCAAUACAGGACUAAGAUCGAAUCCUACUAUGCCAGCUUUGACUCUCGUCGGAUGUGGCAGGGCUUGCAAACUAUCAUGAAUUACAAAGGGAAACCCAGCCGCGAGCUGCCCAGUGACGCGAGCCUACCAGACGAGCUAAAUGCCUUCUAUGCUCGCUUCCAGGCAGCAACACUGAACCAUUCAUGAGAGCACCAGCUGUUCCGGACGACUGUGUGAUCACGCUCUCUGUAGCCGAUGUGAGUAAGACCUUUAAACAGGUUAACAUUCACAAGGCUGCAGGGCCAGACGGAUUACCAGGAUGCGUACUCAGAGCAUGCGCUGACCAGCUGGAAAGUAUCUUCACUGACAUUUUCAAAUUCUCCCUGAACCAGUCUGUAAUACCAACAUGUUUCAAGCAGACCACCAUAGUCCCUGUGCCCAAGAGCGCCAAGGUAACCUGUCUAAAUGACUUUGCUGACAACACAACGGUGGUAGGCCUGAUCACAGAUGACGAUGAGACAGCCUAUAGGGAGGAGGUCAGGGACUUAGCAGUGUGGUGCAAGGACAACAACCUCUCCCUCAACUCUUCCCCCUCAGGAGGCUGAAAAGAUUUGGCAUGGACCCUCAGAUCCUCAAAAAGUUAUAUAGCUGCAUCAUUGAGAGCAUCUUGACUGGCUGCAUCAAAACUUGGUAUGGCAACUGCUUGGCAACCGACCACAAGGCGCUACAGAGGGUCGUGCAUACGGCCCAGUACAUCACUGGGGCCAAGCUCCCUGCCAUCCUGGACCUCUAUACCAGGCGGUGUCUGAGGAAGGCCCUAAAAAUACGCUGCUGCUACUGUUCAUUAUCUAUCCCGUUGCCUUGUCACUUUAUUCUUAGUUAUAUGUACAUACAGUAUCUACCUCAAUUACCUCGUACCACUGCACAUCGACUCGGUACUGGGACCCCAUGUAUAUAGCCAAGUUAUCGUUACUCAUUGUGUAUCUAUUAUUACUUUUCUUUUAUUUCUCUAUAUUCUUUCUCCCUGCAUUGUUGGGAAGGGCCCGUAAGUAAGCAUUUCACUGUUAGUCUACACCUGUUGUUUACGAAGCAUGUGACGAAUACAAUUGUAUUUUAUUUGACACAUACACCGGCCCUCUUCCACACAACAGCAGCAGGGGAGAGAGAAAAAGAGAGUAAGAAACAGAGAGGGAGCACUUUCAUUGAUUUUGUGUAGUUUCACAGCGCCUUGCUUUCUCCCUCUUCUCUCUUCCUCUCUAUUUACUGUAUCUAUGUCUCUCCCCUUUCUCUCUCUCUCUUUCUCUCUCUCUCUGUCGUCCCAGUUCCUUCAUUACUCCAACAUGUUUAAUUAAGCAAGAGCGAAUUAAACGAUUCCCACCAAGCCGCCGGAACCAUUUAAUAAGGCAAAGUUCCUGCUCUUAUUUAACAGACUUCAAAAGAGCCUGGAGGGGAAGGAGAACUGAGACACAUUUAGGGGAAUAAGAGGGUUAGAGCAGCCAUGCUGGGGGAGGUACUUAACCCACACACCAACACACUCACAGACCUGCUCACACUAGCUCUCCACACACACACACACACACACACACUCGGACCACAUGAGCCACCAUCUGGUAUCGAUCUCUCAUCAUCUCUGUUUGUUUUUGGACCUCUAGGAGCGGCGUCUCCACAUGUACGUAGUGUACUGUCAGAACAAGCCCAAGUCAGAGCACAUUGUCUCAGAGUAUAUCGAGACCUAUUUUGAGGUGAGUGACUCUUCACAGUACAACUACAUGGACAGUUUAAGAGCCGUUUAAUCCCAUUUAGGCAUUGUUCUAGCCCAAUUCCUCUUAUUUAUCUAACUCUGGUUCUGAUUGUGUGUAUCUUAAGUGCUCAUUCUUUGUCUUGGUUUAUGUCUGACUGACCAAAACCGGCCCUUAGUUCUGUGUAUGUUGCUAUGAGGAGCUAACCUGUCUGGUUCUGUAGGACCUGAGGCAGCAGCUGGGCCACAGAUUACAACUCAACGACCUGCUUAUCAAACCAGUACAGAGGAUCAUGAAAUACCAACUACUGCUCAAGGUGUGUGUGUGUGUGUGUGUGUGUGUGUCUGUGUCUGUGUCUGUGUCUGUGUCUGUGUCUGUGUCUGUGUCUGUGUCUGUGUCUGUGUCUGUGUCUGUGUGUGUCUGUGUGUGUGUGUACGCGCAUGCGUGCGUGCGUGUAUUGGUCCAAACGUGUGUGUUUGGAAUCCACCUGGAAUAUAUGGAAAAUAACUGUUACAAUUAGCAUGAUGUAAUCUAGCCCUAGAUGAUUUGAGUCCUCACGUAAUAGAGAUGUAUUGAGUGACCUGUCACUGCAAGAGAUUGUGAGAAAGAAAGGCAGAAAUAAAGAAAGAGAUUGGGAGUCACUGGAGAAUAAGCAGGCCACCCCGCAGCAUUAUGGGAGCUUUUGCUGUGAAUUAGAGAUUCAUGUUGACAGCUUUUGUCCCAAGAGUCACAGGUCCUCUCAUCAUCUCCCUAAUCUCACAGUGGAUAAUACGUCACUCUUACAUGAUGAAACACAAGAUAUAGUUCAGUCUUAUUUUGUUCAGUAAUCCUUUUAGAGUCCCUCCAAACCAUUCAGUAAACUGUUCUCUGAUUGGCUCCCUCAGGACUUCCUGAAGUACUACACCAAAGCAGGAAGGGAUACCUCAGAGCUGGAGGUGAGAGUUCUCCCAAAACUAUGGUACAAACCGUCAUGGUCAAAACAUUUCCAAUACUCACUUGUGAUAUUACUGUAAACUGCACACACAGUUUUCAAUCACUGCUCUAUUGGAGAAAGCGAAAAAAUGACUGUUUUCAGUUACAAACCAUAAUUGUCUAUCCAAUCCCACACCAUCUCUCUUUCUCUCUCUCUAUUUUAUGUCCCUCUUUCCCUAUCGCCACCCCUCCUCCUCUUCCACCCACAGAGAGCGGUGGAGGUGAUGUGUUUCGUGCCCAAGCGAUGUAAUGAUAUGAUGAACGUGGGCAGGCUGCAGGGCUUUGAGGUGAGAUACCAGACACCAGAUUCUGUUCUCCACAUAAUGUUGUGUUUUCUUAUGGGUCUCUCUGUCUCUGUCUCUGUCUCUGUCUCUGUCUCUCAGGGGAAGAUCACAGCCCAGGGGAAGCUGCUCCAGCAGGACACCUUUACAGUUAGUGAGCAGGACAGCAGCUUCCUGUCCCGUGCCAAGGAGAGGCGGGUCUUCCUGUUUGAACAGCUGGUCAUUAUCAGUGAACCAAUCGAUAGGAAGAAGGGCUUCUCUCUGCCAGGGUACACCUUUAAAAACAGCAUCAAGGUGAGAAUGACGUGUGUGUGUGCGUGACUUUGCUGAUAACUACUUUAUUGAGGAAAAGUGUACUUACUAUGCCUGUUAUAUGUGGUUGUCCCACCUAGCUAUCUUAAGAUUAAUGCACUAACUAACUGUAAGUCGCUCUGGAUAAGAGCAUCUGCUAAAUGACGAAAAUGUAAAUGUGUGUGACCCCUGUCUCUCUGUGCUGCAGCUCAGUUGUCUGGGUGUGGAGGACCACUGUGAGGAGGACCCAUGUCGUCUGGUCCUGACGUCCCGCGGGGCUGAUGGGAGCGUGGCACGGUUUGUCCUACAGGCCUCGUCCCCGGAGACUCGGAGAGCCUGGGUCAACGACGUCGUCCAGAUCCUGGAGACCCAGAAGAACUUCCUCAACGGUACUGCUGCUGACCGCUGGACCACGGGCCACAUACACAUGUGUCCCAAUUGACACCCUGUUCCCUAUUUAGUGCACUACUUUUGACCAGGGCACAUAGGACUCUGGUCAAAAGUAGUGUUCUAUAUGGGAAUAGGGUGCCAUUUGGGACACAUUGCAUUUGUUUCUCUGACGUUUACACACACAAGUAUAUGUCAUUGGGAAAUAUGAUAAAACUUUUCAUGAUAUUUUUAAGCUGUGUUUUAUAUAAAGUAUUUAGAAUGUAUUGAUUGAUUGAUUAAUUGUAUUAAUUGAUUAACUAUAUUAAUUGAUUGAUUCUGCCUUAUGGAUACAUUUUAUAGAUGCUCAAUAAAUAAAUUAAUAGUACCAUUUGUUAAGUGUCAACUGCAUAAUUGUGUCUCAAUUCUUCUCCCUCCAACUAUCCUCCUGUCUUCCCCCAUCUCCUGUGGUCCGUAGCUCUCCAGUCUCCUAUAGAGUACCAGCGCAGGGAGAGUAAGUCCAACAGCCUGAGAGGAGCCAUGAAGGCUCCCGUGACACCGACCUCUGGCCUGCGACCCCACUCCUCUGCCUCCAUUGACCGCCACCGGCUACCCUACCUGCGCUCCUACAAUACCUCCCUGCCCUCCUUGCACCUGCCCAGCCAGCCCCCUGCAGACACACAGGUACUGCCAACACACUGACUGCAACAAAAAACUCACUAGGCUGAUCUGAUAGUCAUAGCAAGUGAAGAUAAAACAGUGUCAGCAACUAAUGGAAUAUAUUAAGUGAAAUCCAACAGGGUCUCGCUCUCUCUCUAUCCUCAUGAUAUACUGGAGCCUAGAGGAUCAGCGAGAUCUAUCUCUAGUCCUUAUCUUCUCUCUGAGCCUAAUCGCUCGAUGCAGAUCGAGUCUAAUCUCGCGAUCUCUCCUCUCUCUCUCUCUGCUCUUCCUCUCUCUCUCUAUCUCUAUCUCUCUCUCUCUCUCUCGCUCUCUCUCUCUCUGCUCUUUCUCUCUCUCAAUUCAAUCAAGGGUGCUUUAUUGGCAAUGGGAAACAUGUUAAACAGUUGCCAAAGCAUAGUGAAAUGGAUAUAACAAAGUGAAUAAACAAUAAUAAGGUUAACAGUAAAUAUUACACUCACACAAGUUCCAAACAUAUAAAGACAUUUCAAAUGUCAUAUUAUUUCUAUAUACAGUGUUGUAAUGAUGUGCAAAUAGUUAAAGUAAAAAUAUAAAAAUAUAAAUAAACAUAAAUAUGGGUUGUAUUUACAAUGGUGUUUGUUCUUCACUGGUUGCCCUUUUCUUGUGGCAACAGGUCACAAAUCUUGCUGCUGUGAUGUCACACUAUGGUAUUUCACCCAAUAGAUAUGGGAGUUUAUCAAAAUUGGAAUUGUUUUCAAUUUUUUUGUGUGUCUGUGUAAUCUGAGGGAAAUAUGUGUCUCUAAUAUGGUCAUACAUUUAGCAGGAGGUUAGGAAGUGCAUCUCAGUUCCCACCUCAUUUUGUGGGCAUUUUGCACAUAGCCUGUCUUCUCUUGAGAGCCAGGUCUGCCUACAGCGACCUUUCUCAAUAGCAAGGCUAUGCUCACUGAGUCUGUACAUAGUCAAAGCUUUCCUUAAUUUUGGGUCAGUCACAGUGGUCAGGUAUUCUGCCACUGUGUACUUUCUGUUUAGGGCCAAAUAGAAUUCUAGUCUUUCCAAUGUGUCAUGUAAUUAUCUUUUUGUUUUCUCAUGAUUUGGUUGGGUCUAAUUGUGUUGCUGUCCUGGGGCUCUGUGGGGUCUGUUUGUGUUUGUGAACAGAGCCCCGGGACCAGCUUGCUUAGGGGACUCUUCUCCGGGUUCAUCUCUCUCUCUCUCUCUCUCUUUGUUAUUCACCCCUCUUUUAUAUUUUCUCUCAUUCAGUCCCCGCUGUAUCUUAGCCCUGCGACACCCCGUCCCUCCCACCUCCCUCUGACCAGUCCUCAGCAACUCAGCAACGGCCUGUGCCUCCCUACUCAGCACAGCUUGCAGGUACUCAACCACACUGCAGGGAAAUACAAGAACCCACUGACUCAAACACUCUCAGUACAGCACGGAUAUAGUAUCUCAGCAGGUUCUGAUAAGUCACAACUGCUAUCCCCAUUGACCAAGUGCUAUUUUGAGAUUGACCACACAUUUCUACAGAAACAUAAUUGAUUUACAGUACAGGAAAGUCUGAGUUAUUUAAUUUAGGACUCACCACCAUGAGCAGGAUCUCUGUCAUUAACCUCCCAAGGCUCCCAUAAACUCUCUCAUCACUUCAGAUCACAAACAGAUCAGCAAAUGGUUUAGUUUAUAAAUAGCUCUUUACUGUUUUAUCAUAUAAUCCCCCUGGCCAUUGGCCUGGGGUUGUCGUGGUUGUCAGUGCUAGAGGGAAAUGACUGGGCCAGCCCUCUCCUCUUUCCUAAUGGGAGAUAUCCUGUUGUUGUUCCCAGCCGAGGUUACAAUACUAACAGCACCCUAACAGGCUGUCACACCGAUCUGUGGUCAGUUCCUAUAAAAACUAUAGAAGCCAUAAAGCAGGGGUAGGCAACUAGAUUCAGCCGCGGGUCGAUUUUUGUCAGAGCAGAUGGUCGAGGGGCCGGAACAUAGUUAUAAUAAUUUGUACACUGCAAAUUGAUCACAACUAAGGCGACAGGUAGCUAGUGGUUAAGAACGUUGGGCCAUAAACCGAAAGGUCGCUGGUUCGAAUCCCCGACUGCCAAGGUGGAAUAAUCUGCUGUUCUGCCCUUGAGCGAGGCAGUUAAGCCCCAACAACAACUGGGCGCUGAUGACGUCGAUUAAGGGAGCCCCCCGCGCCUCUCUGACUCAGAGGGGUUGGGUUAAAUGCGGAAGAAACAUUUUGGUUGUGCAACUGACUAGGUAUCCCCCUUUCCCUUCCCUAAGGCCAAAAAGAGAUUGUAUUGGAAAAUAUCAAUAUGAUCACAUAUCUCAUUUUUUAUUUGUGGGAAUACUUGGGAACAUAUGUCUCAGUUCCUGGGGAUAACUAGCCCGGUGCCCUGGCUGGUAGUUUAUUUUAUUUAGCCAGACUCUCCCCAUGGGGAGGAAAUGGGUUUGAUUACAGGAAUCCUAUCAGAGAGGCUUAUCACGCCUGUUUCCACACUUUGUUGUAGUUCCUCCUCUCGCUCUCUGGUAGAUAGAGGAUAGAGAACCUUUUGGGCCUUUGAAAAAAAGUGUAAUGUUACCCUAUCAGUGGGUUGAGGGGGGGUAUUUGAAACUGUUCUGGUGUAUUUGGAAACCUACAAUUGAUAUAGAGGAGGUGAGAGGACUGAUGUCAUUCCGUAUCAUACUCGUAUUUCCUGCAAUAGGUUGAUUUAGGCAGAAGGCUGAGUGAGUUCAGAAUGUAACCUUGUACUGCUAGAGUGCAGUAAGGUCAAUCUCUCUUCCUGUCUCUACCCAGGGUUGAUGUAAGGACAGGAUCUUGCUUUAGAACCACUCAACAUACCACCACCUUUGUCUUUCCUCUUUCCUCUCUGCAAGGCUAGGUAGGGUCUUAAUAACAUUUUACUGCAGUGGGCUAAAUCAGGGUCACACAGAGUGUUUGUUGGUAGUCUUAAAUCUACUCUGAAACAAAAGUAUACACCUCACACACAUGGUUAUGGGCUUUAAAAAAAACAAGACACCUGUACCAUGUCAGAUAUAGAGUUGACAUGUAUUCAAUUUUGAGUUUGCAUCCCAAUAUUACACUUUAUAUACAUCACAGAAGAGUUUUGCCGUAAAAAACAAUAAUAUAUUUAUUAAUUAUGAAAUCAUGAAAAAUAUUAAUAACAUUCCACCCAUGAGGCCACUAGGUCAUUUGACUGCAGGAAAGGGUUUUAAAGGCUUUGAUAUAAAAGUAAUUGACAUAUUAAGCCUCUUGGUCCUAGUAUGACUUCACUAUGUGUAUGUAACUGAACAUGCUGCCUCUGUCUUAUCCUGUCUUCUCAGGGUGGUACUGACAGUUACCGUGGAGCCAUGCCGGAGGAGAGAGGGGCUUACGCACUGCAUCACUCAGGCAACCUUGAUCAGCUGACAGAUCUCUCUCUGCAUGAGCAUGAGUGCUGAUGAUGUGUGAUGACCUUUGACCUCACAGACUGAACGAGGGAGAGUAUGGUGAAUCUGCCCCUAGAUGCUGAUCUUAGUUCAGUUUUGCAUUUUCCCCAGUAAUGGCUGAGGUUAGGUUUGGGGGAUGGGGAAGCUGAUCCUAGAUAUGUGCCUAGAGGGGACUUCACCCUGGAGUGAAUGAGGGGCAUGCUGAGAGACCCCUGGCUAGCCUGGCUCUACUCCACUGAGGACAGCCAGGGGGCCUGGGGCGGGGUCAGUUCAGACAACUCCAAUAUCACCACCCUUGUGAUUACCCUAAUAUUGCUAUAUUACUAUUACUAUGGUAUCUCUAGCUUGUAAUAAGGAUUAUUUUGUGGGUAUUUUUGUCAUCAUAUUAUAUUUUAUACUAUUUUGAAACCUUUACUUACUAUUGGGAUGUGAGAAGUGAAGCAGAAGUGCAGCCCUCUAUGGUGUUUCUGUGAAGAGGAAAGGGAAAAGUAACCAAUGGUAUCUGAUGUUGACAGUGUGUUUGUGUAUGCAUGUUGGUAUGUAUAUGUGACUGGUAGAAUGCAUCUGUGAUGCGAUGGUAGCUGUUCACACUGCAAAUCGUUUCUACAGUACAGUACCACUAAGUUUGUCAAGAGUUUAUACAUGAUUGAACUUCAUAUGGUGACAUUCUUAACACUAUUUGGUUUCAUAAAGAACUUAUAGACAUUUGGGACCGCUUCUUAAGUCGCCAACUCUUUACUGUUGCUUUAUCUUAAACAGGCGGACCAUAUUACCAUUAUGCUACUGCUACGUAUGACAGCUUCUAUCACUUUGUACAAGAAGGGACGCAAAGACUAGUGGGAGAUAAUGACAUGUCUAUUCUCUGUCUCUCUUUUUAUAUAGCUUACCAGUAUGCUCCUAUCCUGAAUUCAUCCUCAACACUGUUUCAUAAAGCAGCCCUUGGGUCAAGAGUGCUGACAUAAUGACAUUGUAGUCCUGAUAUAAUUUUGAGCUUGAUUGUGGGACUGAAUCUGUCUAGGACUUGAGCAGCUGCAGUCAUGUUUGUCUACUCUAUGCAUACCGAGCAGCACAGUAAUAAUGGAUAUGUUUUCCUUCAUUUUAGCGGCUAUUUUAACCCUGCCAUUGUUCCAACGUUAUCUGAAGAAAACACACGGAAACUCACACAAAGCCCACUCAAAACUGUAGGAGAGAGGAAAAGGGAACAUAGAUCAAGGGGGUGUUCAUCUGUCAAUGUCAUCAUGAAUGUAAAUAAUAUUCUGUGGGACCAUAUCAAUAAAUAAAUAAAUCAACACUGCGUUGCUGUUUGUCCCCCCACCAUUAUUCUGAUCUUGGUCGUGGUCAUGUUAUAAGACUGCCAAAAAGGAACUGAUAGAGUUCUUAUCCUGAAAAACCCAUUAUCCUGAAAAACCCAGAAUGUCCUUGCCCAUUUCCUUCAUUUAGCAUACACACUAACUGUUGCCUUUGUGAAAUAAAUACUGCCACUCUCAACAAUCCCACAAAAACAAUACAAAAGUGAACAAUAGCACCAAUAAGCAAGAGUAAUUUGAUGUAUUUUGCAUCAAAUGAAACAACAUUUCACACAUCAAUUGGUGAUUUGCUUGGCAUCCAUGCAGUUCAUUUUGCCUACCUGACAGUCUUUGGGGGGAGUGUACUGGAAAAAUACUGUAGGUAUUUAGCGCCAUCAAAUGGUGAGUUGAGGGACAACUUUAUGUGCUCAAUAUAGGGCACUUGGUGGUAGAUUGCCUAUGGCUACCUGAGGAUAGAAGAUGUUCAAAUAUAGCUUUUCAGGUGGAAUGCUGAGGUUUCUGGCAAUGUAUGUCAGAUUUGGGAAGAAUUGGAAAAACGCGGACGGGGGAAGGGUGGGAUCAUACAUUUCCACAACCGCUAAAUCAAAGGGCACUGGUAUCAGCUGGGGACCAAUAAACAAGGGAGAUUCCUUCCUGGUUAGAGCUCUCUGUUGCUAUACCUCUCCAUAGAGGGGAGAUUAUUAACUGGCUAAAUAGCAACUGACAACAGUUGACAACAUCGCAAAACAAUAAUUUGAUCUAUCUUUAUUGAUAAAGUGUUAUCUUUUUUUGUUUUAUUUGAAUGAAAUCAAGCUCAAACUGUUUUUUUUACUCUAACUUAGUUUUGUUUAUUUGAGAUGUUAUGCUCAUGUAAUGUAGAUCAAUGUCAAUCGAAUCACACUAUUAGUUUAACUUUCUGGCAACCAAAUUAAUUUGCAAUGUCAGCUAUCCUAUGCAUAUGCUAUGCAUAUCAAAUUAAUUUAUAAGACACUUUAUAAUUACAACACAAAUGUAAAAUUACGCCAAUAAGCCAAUACUUUUAACUUAUCAAAAAUAGAAGGCUUAAUUAAUAGCACAAAAUAUUAUUGUGCAUUUUCUUUUCUUUUAAUUUUCUUUGACAAUUUAAAAUACAUGAAAAAUGAUAUACCCGGCAACAGAUACACAUACCACAAACUGUCUAAAAUAUAAACACAAUAAAGUCAAAAGACCAUUGUAGUGUAGUUAGUGUUUAUUAUUGAAAACCGUAACACUGCAAAUACUCAGCUGGCAGACUGAAUGAAAAUAGUAAACAGCAUUAUUUCCAUUAUUCUUUGUACUCUGACUUCCUCUCUGACGUCUUUGGUCAUUCUCUGAGACCAGUUAUCUCCAUUAGGGGUCCAUGAGAAAGAACUAUUCAACCACCUCAGCCCUCCUGCUUUUAUUACGAGUCUCCACACAGGCAGGCAGGCAUGCUGAACAGAACAGCCUCUGAAGAUCACAGGCCUCCUGAUGGUGGCCCAGUGGACAAUGCUGGCUACAAUGACCAUGACAAACAUGUUGUCAAGACAAUGGUUUGACAGUGUAAAAGUUUGUGUGUUUGCAAGAAUGGUUUAUUUUUUCCAGAGAAAGGCCAUUGAAUCGGUGGUCUGCCCUUGACUCUCAGUCUCCACGCUGGCCCUCCUGUCUUUCUGCUCUUUCUGAGGGUCUCAUCACCUAG